ACUAUCCGCGCGCUCACGUGUGCGCGCUCGGUGGACUGCCUUUUCCUCGAGAAGUGUAGUCUGGCACAGCCCCAUCAAAGCUUUCAGCGGCUGCCUCAAUGUUCACGCAUUAACUCUGUCAUAGAGGGAGCGUCAUACAGCGACUGUCAACUUGAACACACAAAAGCGAGAUCCGGGUGCUGCUCAAGUCUCAAACGAGGGAAAACGGGAAAAGAAGUAGCCUGACGAGGAAGGAGAGCGUGUCUGCCACUGGCGCUCCUACUCUAGCUGGAAAGGAUAUUUUGGUAUUUAGCAAUCAUUUUGGUGGCCGGCACAUCACCACUUGACGGGCGACAGUUGCGUGUACUGUGAAUCGAAGCGAACCGAGGUGGACGUUUGCUUUCUUCCGCAACAAGAUGGCAUCAAAUGACUCCCGACUCCAGCAGCAGCCGUCUCAGAAGGAUGCAGCUGACCAGAAUUUUGAUUACAUGUUCAAGCUGCUGAUAAUUGGUAACAGCAGUGUUGGUAAAACCUCCUUUCUAUUCCGAUAUGCUGACGACUCCUUUACCUCUGCUUUCGUCAGCACUGUUGGCAUUGACUUUAAGGUGAAAACUGUCUUCCGAAAUGACAAGAGGAUCAAGUUGCAGAUCUGGGACACGGCAGGCCAAGAGCGCUAUCGUACCAUUACCACAGCAUACUACAGAGGGGCUAUGGGCUUCCUGCUAAUAUAUGACAUCACUAACCAAGACUCCUUCAAUGCAGUUCAGGACUGGGCAACGCAAAUCAAGACAUAUUCAUGGGAUAAUGCUCAGGUGAUCCUGGUUGGUAACAAGUGUGAUUUGGAGGACGACAGGCUCAUACCCACAGAAGAUGGCCAAAGACUAGCAGAGGAGUUAGGUUUCCAGUUCUUUGAAGCCAGCGCUAAGGACAACAUCAAUGUGAAACAGGUGUUUGAGCGUCUAGUGGACGUCAUCUGUGAGAAGAUGAACGAAAGCAUGGACGGGGAUGUUACCCUCAUGUCCAACCAUGGGAGCCAGAGCCUGAAAGACUCACCUUCAGAGAGCCAGGGGGGCUGCUCUUGCUAAGCUACCUACCUUCUUACCUUCAAGGCCCCUAAAACAAACAAACACACACACACACACGCACGCACGCACGCACGCACGCACGCACGCACGCACGCACGCACGCACACACACACACACACACACACACACACACACACACACACAUUGAUACUCAUAAAUAAGACCAACUCCUUCUCUGUGCCUCAUCCAUGGAGUGUGCCUCUUCCUCUGUCUUGACUCUAGCCACACCCAGCUCUGUUUUGUUCUACAGCACAGCAAAAACCAAAGGCUAACUGAGAUAAUCUUCAUCAGUACUGUCAGGCCCCUCUCCUCCCUGGGCCUCUUGUUCUGUUUUUCUCACGUGAAGAGGCCCACUGUGCUUCUGUGGUCUCGACCCAUCAGCUCUGUGAUGAGCUGAUAGCACACUAUGGCUUGCUUUAUGCUCUGUCCACAUUUCAUGUUAACUGCCUUGACCACUGCUCUCCCAUUAGCCUUUAAAAUCAUCCGCAUAUGAAACGUUUGUUCUGUGGCUUUAAAGCAAAAGAGUGUCCGUAUAUAGCUUUAUACUUGGUGUUACUUGUUUGAACUGCGAUUCAGACAGCACAUGUGCAUAGGUUUCCUUUACUUUAGAUCCUCUAGAACGAUAAUUGUCAAAUUUGCAAAAGGCAGCGGACUCAGUUGUAGCCUUGAAACAUACAUCAAAUUUGAUCCCAUGUUUUUUUUCUUUCCAGUUUACUUCAUUGUAAUUGCCUCCAGCUAACUCAGUAAGACUCUUUUGGUGGGCGGACAACAGAAUAUUUUUCAAAGCAGCUGUAAAAACUGAGGAAUGUUGAAAUACUGGUUUGCUUGUCUGAUCAUUAAGCACGCUUCCUGCUCAUGACAGAUAAAAUGAUUGAAGAAACAUCAGUUUUGAAUUUCCUUGGAAUUAAGAAUGUCCCUAAAAGGGCACAUUGAGCUUUGCAAGGUAUACAGGAACAUUUUGACAUUUUGGGAAAUAGUUGUUUCACUAUUUUUUAAGACUAUAACAAAGGUGUCCACAUUUUUGCCUAUAAUAAUGACAAUAACAAUAUUAAUAACUAUUUGAAUAUUAGGAAAGGGUGCGUUGUGCCUUAGCUUUGUAGUCAGGACCAGAGCUGUCACUUGCCUCUUGACUGUUUUGUACGGUGGCUGGGAAGUGCAAUGCAAAUUCACAAAGGAUGAACCACUUUUUCAAAGUUAGAGAGUUUUUACAUUUUAUUAAAUGACAUCAGCAAAAAAAUUUCACCAACGCAAAAAAAAAAAAUUUAAAUUAAGAAAAAAAAAUUUUAAAAUCCGAACCGCUUUUACAAGUGGUGAGACAAUUUUAUGAGCAACGCAACAUUUUUACCAGUCCCGAAGCAAAUUUACAAACGGUAGAUCCUGAUGGAAAAGGAAUGUACCAAGUGCUGGAAGUGACCCGGAAGUGAUUGAGUGAGCAGAAACGGACUAUAAUGUGUGUAUAAUAUAUUAACUAUUCUUUCAAAUUUUGUUUGGCUUUUUUGAAAGGAUACAUCAGAAUGAACUGUGAUAGACAGGACAGUCUCUUCCCCUUCCAAAAACACACAUACCUGAUCACUUCCGAAUCACUUCAAGUUUUUGGUACAUUCUUUUUCUGCAGAAUCUGGCAUUUUUAAAUUUGUUUCGGGACUGCUUAAAAUGUUCUGUCGCUUGUGAAAUUAACUCAUCGCUUGUUUGGAUUCUGUAAAAAAAAAUCUUAAAUGUACAUUUUUUUUGCCUUGGUAAAAGUGUUUUGCUAAUCUAAUUUUGUUUUAUAAAAUGUAAAAAAGUUUCCCAUAAUGUAAAUUUGGCUACACCUUUUUAAAUUGGCAUUGCACUUUCAGCCACGGUAAUUUUGACCAUGUGGCGUUGUAUUUCAUUUAUCUCUGUUUCGAUCAGAAACUAAAGAGUUUAUGAUAAUUUAAUAUCACUACUUCAUGCUAUGCCUGACGUGCCUUCAUUAAAAUCUACAAUGGAUAACACA